GAGGGCGCUAAACGCUGUGAAAGCCAGCAGUGGGAGGUGCUAUCGCAGCUGCAAGUCGGUUCCUUCCUACUGUUGGACCAACAGAGCUCCAUCAACUAAGCUAGUUAGUUAGUUAGUUAGCAGUAAGCGAUGUGUUUAUGACUGCAAAUCGCGGUGUAGCUGUAGCAAUACCUCCGGAUCAUGUAGUAGUUAAAGUUAGCCCACAGCCCUGCUGACAAUCAUUUUAAUGCCGCUAAGCUUGUGAUUGCAAACGCUGCCGAUUAGCUGCUUCAUUCAUGAGGCCGCUGGUGCACACGGCAGUUUGAGCUGUGAGUGGCGGGUAAGCUCAGGGGGACAACACGGCGAACUCACCGAUCAGGAGUAUGGUGGUCCCGGACAGUGCUGGCGUGGUCCCACAGCCGGACAGCGUCAGUCCUGCUGGCAUCAUGGGGGGCUCAAAGCCUGCAUGUGACGAGGAAGACGAAGGCAGUCCAGACCUUGUAGGGGUGGAGCUGGAGGAGGUGCGAAAGCUGCAGGAGCUUGUCCGCAGGCUGGAGGUCCAGAAUGAGACCCUGCGCAACAGAGGAAGCAAGGCGAUUGGUCAGAGAGGUUCUAGCAACAAGAGCAGCAUCACAGCUGCUGCCGGUAUCAGUGAGAGGCUGUCGUGUGAAGUGGUAACUGACAGUGGCCGAAGUUUGGAGCACAGCGGGAAACUUGGCAGCACAGACUUUGAUCUGUCACCUCCACAGGAUUGCAGCAGUAGUGAGGAGAUGUCCCCUCUGCCUGUUGCAAGUAGACCAGAGGACGGGGGUCCGUAUGGAGACUUUCUUACCUUUUCCUCCAGCAAUGGAGUCGGGGAGAGCCAGGGACAAAGUCAGACACCCGAGAGUCCGUCUCAGGAAAGUUUCGAGUCAGAGACGCUGGCAGAGAGCGACUCGGGGAUGGAGCAGACUGCACUGGAUGAAGUGGAUGUCCUAGACUUGGAGGAUGAGUGUGGAGAAGUAGAUGAUGAGGACAGCUGGUUAUACGUGUCUCCCAAAAAGCAAGUUGCAGACACUGGGCCUGAGUCUCCAAUGAAAUGGUGUCGACAGGCUCUUGACCACAAAACCCCAGAGACAGAACUGGCUUGUCGAACCCUCAUCAGCCGUCUGGACCAGACAUCUCGUUGGAGGAACAUGUACAGCAGCCCGUCGGCGGAGGCAGGCUCGGGAGGCUCAGGCCCGAUCUCUCCUGGAACGAUGGGCUUGACCUCAGUCACUGUAAGAAUUAAGGGGUUAUGCUGUUGUAUGUGUGUGUGCCAGAGAGAUGUUUGUAGGGUGUUUUGCAUGUUAAUUGUGAGUGUCAUUCUGUACAUUAUUGCUAACUGUUUUCCAAACACCACAUGUUUUAAGGCAACAAUUAAGAAAAACAUAACAGGGGUUAAGAAAACCAUAAUGGAUGGAUAAAAAAAAUCCACUCAGACCACAGCCAAUUUUAAUUCUUUGGAGCCUUUGAUACUGUGACCUUGUGACCCAUGACAUUUCAGUUUACAGAUUAUGGUGAUGUUGGUUUGAAUAACAAAUCUCUGCAUGAAAUCAGGGGUCUCAAACUCAAAAGAGCUGAGCCAUCAUCUGACAUGAUGUUAUAUAAAAAUAACAUUUGAUAUACAGUAAAAUAUUUUAUAUGUAAACUAUUUUUCUGUGAUUCCUAGAUGACCAAUUGAACCAUUAAAAAAGGAAAAGCAAAUACCUCCAUGGCAAAGUUAAAUUAUAUUUAUGACAUCUAGACGUGGGCCAUCUGCAGGUGGCCCCUGAGUUUUGAAUUUGAGACCCUUAUUCCAAAUGCUUACCCUGUGGGAAUAUUUCACAUGCUCUUGGGUGAUGUCAUUUAAUGUUUAGUUGCACGUUUGAAUUAAUAUGCCAUUUGAGGGUCAAAAAGUUCUAAAACAGAUUGAGGGAAGAGAUUAUUGCAGAAAUAUAUUUAGCAGCAGGUCAAAUUAAAAUAAAUUAAAAAUCAAUUUUAGAACUUUUUGAAAUACCAUGAAAAUGCAUAAGACUUUCCUGAACAUGUACCAAAAAGCUUCACUUGUUGCAAAUAAUUGCUUAGUUGAUGUUCCAUAACCAAUACAGGAGUAUUUAAAAAAUUAAUAAAUAUACCUUCCGUAUUAUCCGGACUGUUAGUCACACUUGUGUUUGUUUGGCAGACCCUGUGACUUGUUUUCAGAAAUGCUUAUAUAUAGCAGAAAUAUACCCCAUAUAAUUUACCGAUCAAUUUAUUAUAACCACACUUUGCAGUGCGGUGUAACUUGAGACUGGGUAAAGGUUUGAUUCCAGUUUCAUCUGUCAUCACACACAAGGCCAGUGACUGUUAACGCCUCUGACCAAAAACCAAACAUCUUGUCAAAGUAGCUUUUGUCAAUGGAUGAAAAGUAGCUUUUUGUAACAGGUAUCCCACUGUGC